AUGGCAGCACCACACUAUCGAAAAGUCGAGCUUCAAUCUCCAGCAGACUUCACCUACCUCUACGCCAAUACCGUUGCCCUAUCGCGCCGAAAACUCGACCUCUACUUCCCCCCUUCCGCAACGGAUAAUGACACCCCAGAUCCGAUGCGCGAACGCGUCCGGGAGCUAAUCGACGAAUACAUAAACCAAACCUUCGAAUCAGCCUCAACUUCAAUCAGCAUCAACGGCAUAGACUCCACCUCACCACAGUUCCCUUUCCCGGCAGCUUUCACCGCGCCCACUGAACAAAUCGAGUACGAGCCAUACGAUACAGAGCUUGCGUCGCGUGUGACAUCGCUGUACGCGCAGCUGGAAUCUCUAAACACGACAGUCGCGCAGCAGAGGCGGGAUGCGCCGAGACGUGCGGCGAAAGAAUAUGCCGCGCAGUUGAAGAAGAUGAUUGAAGAGGAGGAAGAAGAAUAUGAAAACGAAGACGAGAUUGGAAAUGGGGGGAAAGAUGCCGAUAACGAUACGGAAAUGGGCGAAUCUACGAAUCUGCAGCCCCAAUCGAAUAAUGAAAACGAGAACGAGAACACAACACCCGGCCAAGAGCCGGAUGGUAUGGAUAUUGAUUCUAUCCCGAACGGAACUGGGUCGGUGAGGACAGGGGCCCAGGCGUUCUCGCGACGCCCCCGUGGAAACUAUGACCCGGCGUGGACGUUGCAGGCUGCGCUUGGGACGGAGGCAGAGCAGGAGCGGUGGAAGAGUGGGGAUAUUGCGAGUGUCUAUGAGGAUGCUCUGCGGAUGUUGCUCCGCUUGCAGGGCGAGGGCAAUGCUGAUACGGAGGCCGGUGUGGAGGGUAAUGCGUUGGCAACGACGGUGGGCAAGGCUGAGAGAGCUGGCCGUGCUGCUGAAGUUGUGGAGAAUAUGAAUAAGUGA